GUGUGGAGACCCAGUGGCAGUGGAUGCUACAGUUUAGUGGGAUUCAACAGACCAGUGGGUAGUGAUGGAGGGGAUGGAUUCCUCAGUCCACCAGACGACAAUGAUGACCCACUCCAUCGCUGUGUGGUACUGUCAGUGACAGAAGACCAGCAGAUAGAGGUCCAGUCUGGAGAUGUGGUGGGAUAUUAUGUCGACCAUUUCAGAAAUGGUGAUGACAAUGAUGAUGGCGGUAUUCAGUGGCUUGAAAAUCACAAUAAUGUGGUAGUUCAUUACAAAGAUGAUCUUCCAAGGGAAGCCAUAAAGUCACACUAUGCUCUUGGUGGACCCAAUCCUACUGAGUGUGGGUUUCCAAUAUCAGGUGACAGUAAUUCCUAUUCUCUCACUGAUUCAUUCUCUGCAGCUCCCAUCAUCAGCCUCAGUUUUGUCACUACAGCACCAAUGCCCUCGGCCUCAGUCUCCCCAUCAAUGCCUGAUGAUAUAGUUAUGGAGUCUCCACCAUCCUCCAUGAUGACAACAUCAGAUGGAGACACUGCACCAGUCCCAACCACUCCAUCUACCUAUUACACAACCAUGACUGGAGCUUCUCCCUCUCCACCAUCUGUCACCAGUGACACAUCUGGGACAGAUUCUGAUAUUAUGGGUGCAAUUGCUGGUGUUGCUUCAUUACUACUGGUUGCCAUGGUCUCAACUGUUGUGAUUUUGCUGUGUGUGAGGCAAAGGAGAAGGAAAAGACCUCAACUAACUGACAAUGUUGCCUACAACAUUCACGAUCACGAUGUAAAGACCGAUACAAAUGAAGCCUAUGGGACAGUGGACAAUGAUGUUGUAGCUACUACCAACCCAGCCUAUGGCACUACCAGUGGUUCAGGAGAGAGAGAUAUUCCUACUGCAACAAAUGAGGCCUACAUAUCUACCACAUCUGGGGAAAUCCGUAAAUCAGAGAGGCCUAUUGAUACCAGUACAAAUGUUGCCUACGUAUCAACUACCAUUUCAACAGCUGAUAAUCCAGCCUACGGACCAGUGGAAGACAACAGGACCACUAGUACUCUCACGUAUGACUAAAAUCGCUGAGUCCAUAUGUUUGCAAGCGCUUGCACAAAAAUUGAUAAGUGCUCCUUAUAUAGAAUUGUAGAUACACAAAAAGACAGAAUUAUAAUGUGGAUAUAGUGCUAUGUGUUGUUGUUGGAUUGUGUCUCAGCCAGUAGCUGAUUCUGGUACGUCCGUUGGAGAUCAAUGUACAGAUUAUUGCCCUCAACGAGAGGGGCUCCCAGUAGAUGAGCCUGUUUCCCGGGCAGGGUGUCAGAGGGAGACCACUGGAGAAGACUGUCCUCGGGGGAGUCCAGGUGUUGAUAGUUUUGGACUUUAUGCCCAAUGGAGACAUGAAAAGUUAUCUGGACCACAUGGUUGUAGGAAAGAAAGAACAGGCUCAUCUCCCGAGGGAGUUCCUGCGAUUUUCUCGAGAGAUUGCAGCUGGGAUGGCCUACCUCUCUAAGAAGUCGUUUGUCCACAGGGACCUGGCAGCCAGAAACAUUCUCCUGGAUGACCGGAUGUCGUGCAAGGUUGGUGAUUUUGGAAUGGCCAGAGACCUGAUGGACGACACGUACUACUUGUCAAAGGGGGGAAAGAUCCCGGUGAAAUGGACAGCUCCAGAGGCCCUGCUCUACAAGAAGUACUCCGCAGCCAGUGACGUGUGGAGCUAUGCCAUGGUCCUCUAUGAGAUCUGGUCCGUGGGACUGAAACCCUUUCAGAAUCUGAACAACGCUGAUGUGAUAGCACGUCUCCAGAACCACCAGUGCCAGGCCCCGCCCCCUGGCUGUCCGAGAGCUGUGUACUCUAUCAUGGUGGACUGCUGGAAUCCGGAGCCUCAUCUUCGCCCGACAUUUGACAAGGUGUUCCGUUCUCUGCGAGCACCUCAGGACGAGCUCCUGUACUGGACUCCAGAGGACGUGGCUGGAGGGAGACAUCUCCUCAGGUCCUCCUCCUCCUCCUCCUCCCACUCCUUCUCUGACCUGCAGAACAAGUACAUCACUCCUCAGACCGGAAGACAUUGAAACUCACUCAUUGAAAAACAUAUACAAUCCAAUAUUCAUAGAACCAUAGAACUCCUGUGAUGUUACUC